UUUACUCAUCAUUCAUUCAUUCUUUGCUUUAUCUUCUCCCUCCGAUCAAGUGAGGGAAAAAACAAUGGAUCUACCUGAAGAAUGCUGGGAGCUGAUCUUUAGAUUCAUCGACGAAGACGACCACCGAUUCCUCGAAUCUCUCACCCUCGUAUCCACCUCAUUCCUCUCCAUCACCAACCGCGUUCGCUCCACCUUCACCGUCACCGAUCGCACUCUCCCCUCUCUCCAUCGCCACCUCCUUCGCUUCCACAACCUCAAGCGAGUCAGGUUCCAUGACUUUCACGGAGAUAUCGACUCCGUCCUCCUCCAACUCUCCCUUUCCUGUUCAGAUUUGGAAUCGCUCGAUAUCUCGGGAAUGCCCUACUUUCCAGAUUUCUCGAAAUCGGGGAAGAUGAUGACCAACGUGAAGGAGUUUAGCUGCUCCGGAGUUAUGGAGCUCCGAGAGAUCGAUCUCGUUUCGAUCGGAGUGUGUUUCCCGUCUCUUCAGAGGCUGGACAUAAGCUACCCUGCGUCUCUUCCAAUCCCCGUCUCUGAUUCUGCCAUCAUCAGCCUCUCUUCGAAUCUCAAGAGCCUGUUGACGAUCAACGUCUCUGGUAACAAUCUCAUCACGGAUAAGUCUCUGGUCUCUCUGUCCCGGAACUGUGUCCUCUUGAGAGAAAUCAUCUUCCGUGACUGCGAUUUCGUUUCGUCUCGUUGCAUCGAGUUCGUUCUGCGUAAUUCUCGUUACCUGGAGUCUCUUGCCAUCGACGGAAUCGGAUGGAGGCCGAGGGAGUCUUUCUCCAAGGACGCAUUCUUGUUCUCCCGUUGUUUGUCUGAGCUUGAUCUAUCGGAUUCGUUUCUAUCAGAUGAGUUGCUUCGUUUGAUUGCCGACGCCAAUCUUCCUCUGAAGAAGCUUGUUCUCUCCGGUUCUCAGUGUCUCACUUUUGAUGGGGUCUUGUAUUUGCUGACCAAGUACCGGACUUUACUUCACUUGAAUCUUGAGGGAUUGAGCUUCCUCUCUGAUGAGAUGAUUAUGGAACUGGCGGUGUUCCUUGGGAGGUUAACCUUUGUUAACCUAAGUUUCUGUGCCAAGUUAACUGGUGUGUCAUUCUUCUACAUCAUUGAAAGAUGUGUUUCCCUCGAGUGUUUAAAAAUGGAAGCGACGAAUUUUGGAGUGGAAGACGAUUCCAAGGAACUGGGUGUCAUGUCAAGGAUCAAGUCUUUGUACCUAUCCGGAAACCACAAUUUGAGAGAUGAGUGUCUCGUCAAGAUAUCACGCCAUUGUCCUUUUGUAAAAACUCUUGAAGUGGAUCAUUGUCCUGCCAUCACUGGAGAUGGGAUUCUUGAAGUUUUGAGGAAUUGUGGCCAGCUUACAUCUUUGGAUAUAAGCGGAUGCACUGCCAUAAGGAGCUUUGAUGCACUAGACUUUGAGCUUCCAAAGCUGGAGAGUUUACGAGCAUGUGGAACUUGGAUCGACGACCAAGCCCUGGGUUUGAUCACCAAAAGAUGUCCAAGGUUGUUGCGUCUUGAUCUGAAAGGAUGCUUGAACGUGAGAUCAAGAGGGAUGAAGGAAGUUGUGCAGAGCUGCACACGUUUAAGAGAGAUAAACCUUGCAAACUGUCAAGUCGAUGAUGGAAUUUUCAUUUGGAUGGUUUGUGCUAAUCCAUCUCUUAGGAAAAUUGUGCCGCCUUGUUGGUUUUCUCCAACUAAAAAACUACACAAAUUCUUUCUAUGCCAUGGAUGUGUGAUCUGCCAAGAUCCAUAGCAAACCCCCUGCCAAUAGAAGAAUCUGCAAAAUGGUCAAACGGAACAUAUGUAUCUAAUUUUUCAUGUUUUAAGAAGUUGAUUUUUCUUCAAA